AUGACUUACAUAUUCCUUAUCGUUUGCUGCUCAGCACUAUUUGUACAGAAUGUUAUAAGCCAAGUAAUCCCGACCUCAGUAGUGGGCGCUAGUACUGCUGUCAACAACGCCAUUGAUCUGUCCAACAUUGGUUAUUUUGCCAACAGUGGAUUAUCAGCUAUUGGUAACACGGACGUGGCUACUAUUAGUAACACUGGUUUAUUGGCCGGUUCCAACAUAGCUGCUGUUGGUGGUCUGUCGGGCUUGGAUGUGGUUGCCAGCGGGCCUAUAGUCGUAACCAGUAUCUCACCGAUCGGCCCUAGUGGUCUUGCAGUUGCAUCUGAGAACGUAAUUGAGGGUAUUCUGAAUGUCAGUGGCCAAUUGCCUUAUUUGAGUGCUGUGGCUUUCGAAGGAACUUUGCCGACGUCUGGAUCUGGAGUCGCCACUUGUGGCUGCGGCUCUGGUAAUGUUGGCAUUAUUGCUUAAGUUUUACCUAUAUCAAGUAUCAGUACUGUAAUGAGAUUUGCCACUGGCAGUGAUAUUGUUCUAGGAUAUUAACAUGAAUUAUUUAAAUAAAUAUUGUUGAUAUUUUAAUUACACUUUUAUUAUAUAUUAACAUAAUAUUAUAACAAUCUUAUCAUUCCUUUUUUGAAAAAUUGAAAGUAUUUACGAGUAUUUUAUCAAAGUUGUCUUUUAAAUUUUUUCAAGAAGUAAGAAAACGACAUACUUAUUUAUUUAAACAAAUAGAAUUAAACAAAUAAAUAUUUAAACAAAUAGAUUUAAGUAUACAUAUUUACAUAAGUUUUAAAUAAUUAUUGAAACAGUUUUUGUAAUAUGACAUUCAAAGGUUCCAACAGCUUCUCGAGAUUAUGGAAACAAUAUACUACGCAUUUUUGUUCGUCUUAAUAAUAAUAUAAGUCGUUUGGCGAUAAAUCAGGAGAAUAUCGAAGAUAAGAUAUAAUUUUGAUGCUUUUCUCCUUCAAAUAGUCAAUUGUUUGACGUGAUAUUUGGCAGUUGACACUGUUGUGAUGAAGAAUAUUACUAUUAAUUAAGACGACGUCAAUUAUUUUUGAUAAAAAUUUAACUUUAUGCGGAAUUCGGUACAUUUAAAUUUGGUUUCUGGAUAAAAUAUAUUAUAUCAACGUUUCGUCAUCUGUUUCGGUAUUGCAUACUAAUUUUCGAGUGACUGAAUUGUUUUUUUUUUAUUAACAUUUCCUUACACCAACUCGCGCGAGUCUGUUAUAAGAUAGGGAGAAAUGGCGCAGAACUCAAUUAGAAUAAAUCUG